CUUCACACUCCACAAUGAGCGGACGUCUUGUACCUAUCCUCCUCGCCGCCGGUGUCGGCGUCGUCUCGGGCGUGUAUAUCUGGAACGAGCCGCUGCAGCAGGUGACGGGUCUGCGCCCGUCGCCGGAGGGCACGAAGCCCGUGAUUGAGUGGCAGACGCAGGACGGCAAAGCGGCCGAGCAGGAGAAGCCGAACCCGCCGCCCAAGGUGGCCAGCGUCGAUAAGGUCGCGGGCGCGGCGUCCAGCCCCGCCGAGCCGCCAGCGGGGACGCCUAACAGUGCGGAGAACCUCGCUCCAUCACAUUCGAAGCAGUAGUGCCGUCAUGUUACACUGCUCCCGGCUGCGCAUUGCAGGGCUACUGACGUCGAUGCUUGGCGAUUGUCGGGAGGGUGAGCUCAUGGCCCAUUAUCAUGUGGAUUUGUAUAGACCCUCUGCACCCUACACCACGAUUACUACUCGCCUACUCCUUCGACACCUCAACCACCACCUUGCCCUUUGCCCGCGCGCUCUCGAGACGCUUGUAUGCCUCCCGCGCCUCGUCAAAGCCCCACACCCCAUCGACCAUGACCUUGCCCCCAGCCGUCAAGAACUUGUCGUACGUCUCGAGCUUCUCCUUCGUCGGAUCAAGCAUGAUGCACGCGUACCUCCGC